UUCUCCAAUUUGUGGUUUGUUGUUGUCAACUUUAGCCCUCCUCUACUUUGGUAGCAUUUGGGUAAAUAUGUGAUAAUAUAGUAAACGACGCACAAGAAACGAGCGAAAAUCAAGCUGAUAUCGGAGAGGCCAGCGGCUGGAGGAGAGGUCGCCAAAGACCACGUCAACGUUCUGGCCAGGAGCGCAGGGAGACAUCCGCAAGCACAUUCAGCACCAUCAUCACCACCACCCGCGCCGCUUAGAGAACUGAAGCACCUGGAGGAACGCCCACAAUGUAUUGCCUGCAAUGCCUGCUGCCCGUGCUGCUGAUACCGAAACCCACAAAUCCGGCGCUCAUGGAGACGCACGUGAUGUUCAUCGUGCUAUACCUAGUGGGAUUCUUUCUGGAGCGGAAGCCCUGCACAAUUUGUAGCCUGGUCUUCCUAACCGCCGUCUCGUUGAUCUGCUACAGCGGCAUUGGGAACUGCAUCUUUUGGGGCAACUGCGAGGGUCACCAGUGCGAGAAUGGCUAGACGAGGCCCCAUCACCCCCCAAAACCCAGUAGUCAUAGUCAACGAAGAGAGGAAGUGCUAAUAUUUACUAUCAUAUUAUUGAAUUGCGUUCGCGUUGUUACAGCUUUACAUCCUAGAAAUACACGAGAAUUAUGUAGAAGGAGGAGGAGGAGGAGGAGGAGAGAAGAAAACGAAAAGGAUAAGGGAACUUGACUAAAUCGGAAAUCAAUCAGUGAUACAAGUGAUGAGUGAGUCCGACCAGGAACAAAGAUUAUAUGUUUAGAUCCACAUUUUAUUUCCAACUCCGCGCCUUUGCCAUCCCAUCAUGAUAUGUGUUGCCCUCAUAAUUCUUUUGGUUAUGAAACACUGUAAUUUGUAUUCAGAGCGUGUGUGUAUGUGUUUUGUUUUUAAGGCUUAGACGAAUUUAGUUAUUACGAAAGAGCGCUACGAAAACGUAUUGUACAUCACCCCACCCAGAAAAAACCUAAAAAGAAAAUCAAGAAGAACCCCCUAGAUAUCUACCCACUCGUCAAUGCAACUUACAAUUAGUCACUUAUGUUAUAUAUACACAUCUUCUGUAUACAAGAUGUAAUUGUAAAGAAUUAUUAAGGAAAUCAAAGAAAAUCACUGCGCCAACGGUCGCUGCUGACUUCGGUUGUUAACCUCUGUCUUGUGCACAUGCAAAAAUUGUAUAUACCAGCAUAUAACUUACACCCUGAUCUAAAUAUAUAUACUAUAUACAUAAAAAACAACAAGAAAAUUAAACGACAAGCACAAAGAUUGUAAAAACGAACGAUAGAGUGUAAAACUUAUACAACAAAUAUUGUUAGACUUUUGCGAAUUUGUAUAAUUUGAGCGGUAUCUAAAAGAAAACAAGAGCAUGUCUAGUGACGUAAAGAAAUAAAGUUUAAACAAUGCAAAAAAAAACUUGUUUUAUUUUAUACAAUUUUUAUUGAAAAUUUAGAUUGAACUUAUUUUCAAAUCAGACAUGGCUUUUUCGAUAAGUAAAGCCGAUUAUUAGUGUACUUUUUGGGCAAAAUAUAUACCUAUUUUCUUCCUACUUUCCUUUUAUUUAAAAUUUAAAACCCUUACCCUCCUAUUAUCCUUCAUUUUUUUCCCCCAAGUUUAUUGAAAUACUUUAUGUUUUUGAUUUCCAAUUAUCCACAAUUUUAUUCGCUUCAAAAAGUGUGUGUGUGUAUAUAGUAAAAAUAUAUAUAUUUAUAAAAAAAUUUACAAAUUUCUGUUUGCUGUCGUUUGUGUUUUGAAUUUGAUUAUAUCAAGAUUAUUUCAGAUCAGCUUCAGCUUCAGCUUCGUUCUUAAUUUACUAACAACUACACAAGACAAUUAAUUAAUUAAAAA